CCCAACUUUGCCUCGUGCGGCCAUCAAACAGGCACGGCCCGACGAGAACCCGCCGGGAAGGAGCUGGCCGAGCCAUCGCCGGCCUCCCUGCCGGCUCAUGACCGCUCAAAAGCGUUUAGUGCUGGCGGGAAGAGGCGCGCCGAGCCAUCGGCGACGUCCCGGCGAGCUCAUGGGCGCUCAAAAGAGGGCUCAGUUCCGUCUUCCCCCCCCUCCCUCCUGUAGGCAGGCCGUCCCGCGCUGGCGGGAAGAGGCACGCCGAGCCAUCGGCGACGUCCCGGCGAGCUCAUGGGCCCCCAAAAGGUCGCACCGGCCCGUGGCUCCGCCGUCGGCUCCGCCGCGAGCGGCGACGGUGAGGCCGCCGGUGCUCGCCUAUACCGGCUAGUGUGGAGCUCUCAGUGUGGUUGCGUGUUGUACUAGUGAUGCUGCACUAGGCGGCCCGUUUUUAGCAAAAAGCAGAUACCACAU